GAAUUUUGCCAAUUUUGCUGGCAUUUUGUAAAAAUUGAUGUUUGUGUACAUAAAUGUUGUCGACAAGUGUGCCAAAGGCGUGUGUGUUCAAUUAUUCAAAGGAAUUUACUUAAUAUUCCGGCACAAUGCAUUGACAAUUGAAAUAUUAUUUUGUUGUCUAAUUGUCGUUCAAAACCUUUUUCUGGAAAAGGAAGACCGCAGUUGUAAUAUGAAAACUAUUGAAUUGCAGAGAAUACAAUCUUUGGGUACAUCAAUCGACCAAGGACAGGAGAUCAAAAAGACCAGCGUUGCAUACGCUUCUCCCGAAAAGUUCUACAAUCCAGCUGAUAAUUAUGACUCUCUGAUGGGAAAGUUUAGGGAAGAGUUUGCCAAGAUAUGGGAUACUUCAAAUCCAUCACCGAGUACAGGUCUUGAAGGAUUUGAGGAAUUGGCCACAUUGGGGGCUGGAUCAUUUGGUCGAGUAAUUUUAGCCAAAAAUUGCAAGUCGGGUAAAUACUAUGCUGUAAAGAUUUUGAUAAAAGAUCAAAUUGUAAAAACCAAACAAGUCACUCAUGUACAUAGUGAGAAAAAGGUAUUGGCAUCCAUACGAUUUCCAUUUCUCAUACACUUAGAGUUUUCCUGCAAGGAUUUUGAUUAUCUUUAUCUUGGCUUGCCUUACAUCAACGGUGGAGAAUUGUUUACGUAUCAUCGCAAAGUUAAAAGAUUCAAUGAAAAACAAGCUCGAUUUUAUGCUUCGCAAGUCUUUAUGGGUCUAGAAUAUCUCCAUGGCAUGAGUUUGUUAUAUAGAGAUCUAAAACCGGAAAAUAUUUUAAUUGAUUCGAAGGGAUAUAUCAAAAUUACGGAUUUUGGUUUUGCCAAGAAAGUUGAAACACGUACCAUGACAUUGUGCGGUACUCCCGAGUAUUUGGCACCCGAAAUAAUAAAAUCAAAACCCUAUGGCACCAGUGUCGAUUGGUGGUCCUAUGGUAUUCUCCUGUAUGAAUUUGUAGCAGGAAUUUCACCAUUUUCACCACACAAUCGAGAAAUUAUGGUAAUGUACUCCAAAAUAUGUGAGGGUGAAUAUAAAAUGCCCACAUUCUUUAGCACUCAGUUGAAAGAUUUAGUAGAUCACCUACUGCAGGUGGACCUAUCAAAAAGAUAUGGCAAUUUGAUUAAUGGCAACAAAGAUAUUAAAAAUCAUCCAUGGUUCAAAAAUUUAGAUUGGUAUGCUAUUCUAAAUAGGGAAGUUACUGCCCCCUUUAUUCCCCAUGUGGCCAAUAUGGAGGAUAUAUCGAAUUUUGAUAAAUUUCCCGAAACAAAACCCAUGCAUCGAUCAAAAACUGAUCGCCACGCCGAUCUAUUUGCUGAUUUUUGAUUAAUUCCUUGUAUAUUUCCAUAAUGCACCUUAUUAUCAGAUCAGU